AUGUCGGUUACACAAGCAUACCCGUCUGGCCAAGCCACUUCUUUAGCUGUUUACAAUUUGCCCAGCUCGGCAGAUGAGACAGAAGUUCAGUCAAUAUUCCCUUUGGCCAGGUCAGUCAACUUCGUACGAAGUCAUUCCGUAUCUUCGCAAUCUAAAGGCAUGUGCAUCUUGCAAUUCAACAAUGCUCGUGACUGUCAACAAGCCUACGACGAAUGUCUUCAAGGAAAAGAAAUUGGUGGACAGCUGUUGCAUGCAGAACUGAACGGAGAUUGUCGCUCCGGUUCGUCAGAAAAUUUAAACGUCAGUCAGAAUUACGGAGCCAAUUCCAGGGAUUUCAGGCGCUCACACGCUGAUAAUGAAUACGGACAGCCUACAUAUGAUGCGCAUAGUAGAACCGACGGUGACGGUUCUUCGAAUUCUUCUUGUACACUUACCGUGUCAAAUCUCCCUUAUACAGCAUCUGAAAGAGAUAUUAUGCGUGAGUUUCCAGAAGCCCUUCGAGUGGCGCUUUCGUUAGACGAACAGGGACGUUCCAGGGGUGUUGCCCACGUUACUUUUUCAAACUCCGACCAGUGCAGUGCCGCUCUUACCUCCUGUGGGAAUAAGAUGAUGGGUGGCAGGCCUGUGCGUGGACGAAUCCAGAGAGACCAGGAGCAUAACCAACAACCGGGUUAUAAUAAUCAACGCCCCUAUCAUCGUGAACAAAGAGAUUACGGUCAACGUGGUCAACGUGAUUACGGCCAGCGUAAUUUCAACAAUCGAGAUCAUACUAACCAGCGUGAAAAUGGUAACCAGAGAGAUGGCAAUCAACGAGAGUACAACCAGCGUGACUAUAGUGGUCAACGUGAUUACUCGAACAGACAAGGCCGACAGUUUGACUACAACUCAGGAAGGGGCGAAAGAGAUGUAAACCGUUUCCAAGGUGCCCCAGCUAAUCGAGGCGGACCACGCGAAUUUGGGACUAAGUCUCCAAAGCCAGGUGCUACUCCGGAGUCUAAAAGCAAGCAGCUCUUGAAUGGUAAAGUCACUCCAGUGAGACCUGGAUCCAAACGUCCAGUCCCUGUCGGCAGUGAUGAGAGUGAUGCGGAUGUCGAGACAGGUGUGUUGUGUGGUGAUGCUGAUGAACUGAGAACGUCUCACAAGAAACUGAAAUUGGAAACUGAGAAAGAAAUGGAAUUGAAGAAGGGUCCUAGAAAUGCCGAAGAAGAAGAGGACGAGGAAGAUGAUGAUGAUGAUGAGGAGGAUGACGACGACGAAGAUGAUGAUGAUGAUGAGGAGGAGGAGGAGGAUGACGACGAGGAAGAAGACGAUGAUGAUGAAGAGGAGGACGAUGAUGAUGAUGAGGAGGAUGACGAUAGUGAGGAGGAUGAAGACGAAGAACCAAGCGAUGACAACAAUGAAGACAACUCCAAUCUGAAUCUCAAGAAAGGUAAAAUUGCCAACAACUUAGUUGCACAGAAGGUUAUUCAAAAGCCUGAUUCGUCACCAAAGAAUGAGAAACAGAAGGAAAGUAAAGUACCGAGCACACCAAGUAAAGCAAUUGUGUCAGGGCCACAAGGUAGCAGUACAUCAGGGAAGAUCCUCAUACUGAAUGGACCUGACAACUUGAACGGUCUGAAAGAAUUCCUCUCUAAGAUAAGUCCAGUGACCAGCUUAGGCAAGGUGGAGCCUGCACCUAUAAUGGCUACUGUCACCAACAUUAACAUGUUCAAAAGCCGACUAAAGUCAGGGAAGUUGGUGUUCCAUGGGAAAGAGCUCGAAGUAAUACCCGUGGGUGGAGUUGAUGAUGACGAAAAAGGAAAGCCCACCAAGACUUUGUUCGUAGGUGGAAUCCCAAAAUCAUUGACAAUUGAACAACUAAAAAGUCACCUCCCCAGUAACUGCCGACCGGUUUUUCAGAGGCUGCUAACUAAAAACCCAAAAUCCAAUAGUGCUUUUAUGUCCUUCUCCUCUAUUGAUAAUGCAAAACAAGCUCACCAGAUUUUCGACUCGUUGAAUGUGGAAGGUCAACAGCUCAAUUCCAACUUCGCUAGAGAUCAACAGCCUCGAGCUGGUUCUGAUAUCGGCGCAAGGGCUGCAGUAUUAGACUGUCAUCUUCAUCCAAACGACUUGCGUGAGAUGUUCCCAACAUGUGUAGACGUUCAGUGGAUCCAGAAAAAACGAAAGGCAAUUCUUAAAUUUCCUUCUCUGGAAGUCCGCCAGACUGCUGUCUCACAGCCAAAGUUCCACGCUGGUCAAAAGCUAAAACUGGCAUUAACAGGUGGACCAGAACUCAAGACUGCUACAGUUUGGGGUUUUCCAACUGAUACAAAAGAAUCAGACAUCAAAGGACUAUUUAGCGGAGUCGUUUCAGUCUCACGUGACACAACUGCCAAACACCAAAGUCCGCCCAUGACCGUCGAGUUUGAGACCGCUUCAGACUGCAGCAAUGCUAUUUCUUCAAAUCCAACUCUAAAAGGUCGCCGCUUAAACAUAUUUUUGAAAGAGGUUUGUAUUGAUGAUUGUGCUGACACACAACAGAAACAGUCUGGGCCACCUGCGAAGAAAGCUAAAUCUGUAGAAGUAAGUAGUGCUUCGAAGACCAAGGUUGCGCCCAAAAUCUCAAAGCCGGAGGAAGUGGGUGAUGAAGACGACGAUGAGGAUGAGAAUGACGAGGAAGAGGAUGAAGAUACAAGUGAAGAGGGUGACGAAAGUGAAGAAGACGACGACGAAAGUGAGGAGGAAAGCGAAGAAGCGGAUGGAAGUGAAGACGGAAGUGAUGAAGACGCUGAAAUGGUCUCACCUAAGAGUAUGAAGAACAAAAAGUUUUCUAACCCGCAAGACAAGAAAUCAUUCGGUGGAUUUCCAAAAGCGGACAAUCGUCCGGGAGAUCGAGACAACUUUAAAUCGCAGCACAGGUUUGGUGGUGAUUUCAAGCACAAUUCGUUCCGUGGUCGUGGUGGUCGGUCUCGCGGUCGCGGUGGCCAGUCACCUCAUGGUCGGGGUGGGCAGUCUUUCCGUGGUCGUGGUGGAAACCGUGGGGGUUGGCAAAAACGCGGUGGUUCUGGUUAA